AUGGAAGUGGUUGCCAAGCGCCGCAAACUCGUACCGAAGAUGAAAGAAGCAAGAAGACUUGGAUUUAUUGGUUUCGUCGUGUGUUGUACCGUGUUGUUCUGUGUAUACACAUCAACAUAUUCUAAUGGAAGUGCACUUAACUAUGCACAGGAUUUGCAGACAAGUUCAAGAACACAACCACGAUUGUUUAAUAUUGCUGUGCAUGCCGACUCGUAUUUGAGCAAAUGUAAGAGAGCUACGUUAAGAGUACCUGGUGGAUCACAGGCGCCUAUUUGUGUUUAUAAUACUAGUGAGGAUAUUUGGGUCUCGGGCUCCAUUAUCAAACAUCAAAGUUGGGAAUGGGAAAAUGUUGUCACAGUUUGGAAACUAAUGAAACCGGUAAAAGACAUGACUUUCCUUGACCUCGGAUGCAACAUUGGUGCAUUCACCAUUCCAAUGGCCAAACUUGGGCGACGGGUUAUUGCAGUUGAUGCGAAUAAGGAGAACCUUAAGAUGCUGGCAACGUCACUUCAUCUUGGUGGGCUGGAUGAAAACGUAACUAUUUUUUGGAACGGCGUAUCGAAUGAAACGAAAUAUGUACAUCUUGUCCCAUCCACAAGCAAUGUUGGUGGUACAAAGAUAGAACAAUCAGAUAUACAAAGCCCUAUAGACAUUGCAAAUAGUAUCAUUACGAUGCCAUUUUUCAUGAAAAUGGACAUCGAGACUCAUGAAGCAAUGGCACUUCGGGGCGCCGUGACAUUCUUCAAAGACAUUGACGUACGUUAUAUACUGAUGGAAUGGAUGCAUUAUAAAGAUACGAAAGAUAAAAAGGAGGGCUCGUUCAUAACUGACUUCCUUUCCAAGAAUUCAUUCAUCCCGUGUCGAAUAUCUGACUCCAAAGAACUAGUGAUUGAAGAUGCAUACUCAUCAUGGCCAAAUGACAUUUUGUGGAUAAAGAAAUCAAUUUAGUUAUAGUUUGGGUCUUCAACUGAAUAAAUAGUUUAAAAAGGCUGUGUGUGUUUAUUAGUU